CAAUGCUGAAGCUCCUACUCGCGUCGCUCGCCGUGUCCUCCGCGUCCGUCGUCGAGCCCAAGAAGGCCGCGCAGCCCGCACUUCGACUUCGCGGCGGCGGUGGCCUGGGAUCUGCCAUUCUCACCAUGUCGGCGGCUGCAGCCGGCAGCACCGGCGCCCUUAUGUACAUUGGCAAGGAGGACCUCGCGUCGCUGCUCUGGCUCAACCUGAACCAGUGGCCGGCGGACAAGAUGCUGGGCUCGGCAGUUGUGGGCUGGGCCGUCGGCAAGUUCAUCUGCGCGAGGAACGGGCUCGCCAAGGAGUACUGCCAGCUCAAUAUCGUGCCUAUGCUCCUCAUGAUCCUCGCGAACGUCAUGGGCGGCGGCCCCAUGACAGCCAACCUGCUACCCGCAUGCUUCACUGCGGCAUAUGUCUAUGUCGGCUUCGUCGAGGACUGAGCACGGCGAAGGAGCAGCAAGCCUGAUCCGGGGAGCGACAGGGCAUUGGCCCCCGUGCGCACGGCCCAUGUCCAUGUGCGGCCCAGGCCUGCCAAGGUCGCCAGCGCCCAGCGGGGAGGUGCAUACCUCGCGUGAGAGAGAGAGAGAGAGAGAUUUUAGAAAACCAACACAAGAAAUCACGACUCUCACAGUGAUUUGGGCUCGGCAGCUUGUCAGCCCUCAGCCGAAGCUGGGGCCGGUCCCGUAGCCGAGAGAGCCCGCGCCGAUGAGUUCGACGCGGGCGGUCGGGGGGCCUUGCGGAGAGACCAGCGAGGUGGCGAUCGCUGUACUUCAUGGUGCCCUCGGUGGGGCGGCUGACAAGCCAGAGGUACAGAGGUCGAUACUUGCACCCCUGACACAGUUAUUGUUAUGGUGUUA